UCCACACUUUGCCCUCUAAAUCUCAACCAAAUCCCAUCCCUUCUCCCAAUAAUGGCCGCCAUCUCCAUUACCAACCACCACGCCCGUGCCUUGUGGUUCAGGCGCCUAGCCUCCGCCUUCCGAACCGCACUUGCCUGCACUGUAGUUGCCUACACCACCUUGUACGGUCCGCCUCCUCUCCGCCGCCACGUGGCUUUUCCAGCUUUCUCUUAUCUUACAGCUAUGCUCAUAGUCACCAACGCCUCCCUUGGCGACACCAUUCGUGGCUGUUUUCUCGCCCUUUUUGCCACUGUCCAGACCGUUUGUCCGGCUAUGUUUCUGUUUUGGUUCAUUGGGCCCACGAAAUUCUCCCAUCUCACUAUUGCCAUCACGGUAGCGUUGGCCUCUAUUGUGGUGGUGCUGCCGACCUCCACCCAUGUGCUCGCUAAAAAGAUUGCCUUGGGUCAGAUUGUACUUAUUUACGUUGUGGGUUUCAUUGGCGGCGCUGAAACAGACCCUCUAAUGCACCCACUCCACGUUGCCGCUACCACCGCCUUGGGCGCCGCCGCCAGUGUCUGUGCCACGCUGCUUCCCUUCCCACGCCUUGCUUCUCUUCAGGUGAAAGAGAAAAGCAAAGAAGUGGUGGAGAACAUGAUAGAAAGGCUAAACCUAAUGGUGAAGGCAAUCCUUACUCACGAUGACUCAGUGGCUAAUGGGUCCAUUUCUAAAGCUCGCCUAUUAUGUUCAUCAGCCUCCAAACUCCUCCACUCCAUACAACAUCACCAAGAAAGCAAGCCAUGGGAAAGCCUUCCAUUCAAAAUCUUCAAGCUAGGAUGGUUAAGCAAUAGCGAAAGACUAGAAGAAUUAGAANAUUUUUCAUCCCCAAUCUUCAAUUUUUAA